AUGAAAAGUUAUUUUCUCGUAUAUUUAUUAUUCUUUUGCUUGGUGAAUUAUUCAUCGGCUACUCUUGUUGAUUCAAUAGUAACAUUAUCAUGGUCAUCUCGUGGGAUAUCUCCAGUUGUAGAUCGUUUUCUAACUGGUGAUACACAAAUAGCAUUAAAACUUUUUUGUCCAGAAUCGUCAACAAAUCUAAAUGAAACUCAAGGUCAAAUGAGAAAACCUUCAGAUAAAGAUCACGAAAAAACUAAAAUUAAAAUAACGGGUCGUAUUGGUCGUGUUGUCGGAUGUUUACCAUUACAAUCUGAUACAUUGAUGACUACAAAUCAAUUAUCAUCAAAAGACAACAAAGAGUCACGAGGUAUGUCAGAAGAAGUCUAUAGUAAUUUAUGGAAACAAAUGGAGAUCAGAGAGUUUAUAAUGCAAGAAACUAAUUGUGAUGAUUCGGGAGCAUUAUAUGUUGACCAAUAUAAAAAUAUAACUGGACCAGAAAUUUCACCAGAAAAAAGAAAAACUAUGCUUAAACAAGAACGUGAACAACUAACUGCAAAUCAAAAAAACUACAUACCUCCUCGUCGUCGUCGUCGUGCUGCUGAAAAAACAAAUAUAAAAUUAACUAAUAAACAAUCUUCAACAGCACCUGUUGAUAAUCAACGGUCAGAGAAAAGAUUACAAACAUGGACUGAUGGUUAUUAUCUUAUUGAAAUUUAUCGACCAGCUAUUCUUGAUUCAGAUCUUACCGGACUUGAUGUUGACGUAAUCGUAUCGAUGAAGAAUCGUCAUGGUGGUUAUAUAACAGCGGAUGAAUAUCCAGCAUUAGUUUUUUAUGGCAUUAUGUGUGGCAUCUAUGGUUUAUUUGCUAUUUUAUGGUUUGUGUGGUGUGCAUUAUAUUGGCGUGAAUUACUUAAAAUACAAUUUUGGAUCGGUGGAGUUAUUCUGAUUGGUAUGAUUGAAAAAUCAGCGUUUUUAGCGGAAUAUGAUACAGUUAAUCGACAUGGAUAUAAAGUUCAUGUAGCUAUUGUUACAGCUGAAGUACUUUCAUGCUUAAAACGUACAGUAUCACGUAUGCUUGUCAUUAUUGUUGCACUCGGAUACGGUGUAGUUAAACCACGAUUAGGACCAUUAAAACAAAAGGUAUUUGCUAUGGGUCUUCUUUAUUUUGCAAUUGCUACAACAGAAGCCAUACUUCGUUUGAAUACUACAAAUGAUGAAACAAACAACAAAGUAUUAAUAUCACGUAUACCAUUGGCUGUUAUUGAUGCAACUAUUUAUUAUUGGAUAUUCACGGGCUUAGUUACAACAACACGAACAUUACGUUUAAGAAAAAAUAUUGUUAAAUUAAAUGUUUACCGACAUUUUACUAACACACUGAUAUUCGCUAUUCUAGCAAGUUUAGUAUUUAUGAUUUGGUCAUUAAAAUCACAUUUUUUUACUACAUGUAUUACAAAUUGGAGAGAAUUUUGGGUCGAUGAUGCAUUCUGGCACAUAUUAUUUUCAUUAGUUCUUCUUGUUAUUAUGUUUCUAUUUCGACCAUCAAAUAAUAAUCAACGUUAUGCUUUUGUACCUUUACUUGAUCAAUCAGACAAUGACAAUGACGAUUUUGAUGAUGACGCAGACCAAGGAGAAACGGCUGUAUUUGAUUCGAUAACGAUGCGUAAAGCAACAAAUAUUGAAAAUGGUGCAGCAUCAAAAAGCAAACGACAGCAGCAAGCAUCUAUGAAUCGUGAAGCAAAUGUAUCAUCUAGUGGAGCUGCAGGCUCAAAUGGUAACGAUGCUAUUGAAGAUGCUUUGACAUGGGCUGAAGAUAAUAUUCCAACAUCAAUUGCUGAUCAAGCAUUACAAGCGUUAGAUAGCGAAGACGAGAUUGUUAAUACGAAAUUAGAAAGAUCUAAAAUGCAAUAA